AUGUGUGACGCAACUGUAAGAAAUUCCCGGACGCGAGGCAGCGAAGACGAAGUAGAUGAGUUUGUUGCAACUUUCCUAACGCGAUAUCAUGCGAUGCGCAACGUGCAAUCUUAUGCGAAAAUCGGAAACGAGAUUGCAUCGCUGUCUGAGUGUAUUGUGAACUCAUGGAGUGAUUUGAAUAAGAACAUGAAAUUUGAAGCGUCUAUUCGAAAUAAAUGGAAUAAAAUGUCCGUCAAUCAAAGAAAAAAGCUACUCCUUGAGGCAUGGCCCAACAUCUCUCAGUUUCGCCGGCCUGAUAUAGUUGUGGAUUUUCAACGGGCAAACGGUCCCAGCGAGAUUGACGAUAAAACGAAGAGUUCUAUGUUGUGGCCUUAUAUCAACCAGCAAUCUCUUACCACCGAUCUUGUUCUACCUUAUUUUCUCAGUCACCGUGGCGGCCAUACACCUAAUGUAUUCUUCUUUUCGGACGCCGUGUGGCCAGGAUUUAGUGUGUUUCAUGGCCGGAUACCUCCUUCCUGGACCGCGAGUACGUGUAGCGGACAUAUUAUCAUUCAAGAUCCGUCUACGUCUAAUCGUUACGCAAGUCUCGUUUCUGAUAGUGAUAUAAAUCAGAGGCUAGAAACCCACUGCCAAAAAAUACCUGUCAGUGAGGGGUAUCUCACCCUGAUCGUACAAAAAGGCAUCUAUGAAUUCCUUGUCAAGGUUUGCGAGCUACUCAAACCAGAACCUCCGCCGCAGGGUCAAACCGUACCACUACCGCCUAUCAACCUCCAAAGAUUGCUAUCAGAUGAGUCCGGAUUAGCAGAAUUACCACAUACUCCGUACAGUCUUCCUGCGGACUUCAAUGUCAUCUCUCUUCUCGCUUGCGUUGAAGCAAAGUUUUCUGCUUCGGAAAGUCAUAUUUGGGAUCUACGGGAGGAUCCUAGAUAUUUUGCUGAGACUUUGUACGCUCAGGAAAACUCGAAGGAGAAAGACAUGUGGAGUCAGACUAUUCGUACGGUCAUAGCUGAGGCUUAUACGGACCUACAAACAUGGUCUCAGCUGCGUCGGCUGCUUACUGAUUUGCAAAAAUGCUUGGAAAGAGAUAAAAAGCAGUUUCAGGCUAAUAAUGCACUUAACGAGGAACUUCAACUGGCUUUCCAGAAGCUGAUCACAUUCCUUGUGCCGAUGUGUCGAUGCCAAGUUACCAGAUUGAUAACGGCAAUAAGCGGAGAUAUAAAUUCUUUCGGUAUGAAGAAGUUUCAAAGUGCAUUUAAAAGGUUGUGUGAUGAACGAAACUGGACCAUCUCUGUCCUGCCGUCUCUCAUCGACGCACUCGGUCAUGCUCUCCAAAAGGAACAUUCCUCUAAUAAGAGUAUCUCACCGUUGGCUAUGAGAAUCAUUUCUGACCUUUCAAUCGUGACUGUGUGUUUCCGAGAAAUGAAUUUUUUCCAACCCUGGGCAAUGGAACUUCUUACUGAAAUGCGUAGUAAGAGCGAAGAAGAGAAACAGGAACUCUACCAGGACUGGGAACUCAUCGCGCGUAGUAGGGAAAUCUUCGAGACUGAGAUCGAAGGCUUCGACUUCUCAAAUCUUGGCAAACCCGAUGGCGGUCGAUUUUCAUGUCCCACUCAAAACCUUGUAUCGGAACGGUCAGUGAACAAGCAACGACGUGCUGAAAAAGCACUCGAUGAUUUCUGGAAUCAAAAAAUGAAUAAGAGAACAGAGGGGAAUGAAAAUAAUGAAAUGACACUCGCAAACCUUGUCUUUGAAUCGCUGAGUAUAAAAAGAACGCUCCACCGUACUCCUGAAUGGACGGAAACGACGUAUGCAGAGAACAAAUCUGUGUCCCAAAAUCCCACCACUGGCCCACUAUCACAGUCUGAUAUUGACUUCGAACUUCGGUUCCGGACAACGGCUACUAUUGGACAGGAAGAGAAUAACGACAAUACGAGAUUCCGUACAAAGCCCAAGUCUCGUGGUGCUACCACACCGCAAGUCAAAGCUCCUGUUGAGGUGAACGACGUUUGUAAUGCUGAGUCUAAGCCGAAGUUCACUGUGAAAGAAGAAACUAUUGAAAAACUGCCUGGAGAGAUUCCCUGGACUGCAUUCCUGAAGAUGAUGAAAGCUGCUGGGUUUUGCAAAUAUAACAUGUUCGGAUCGGCACGAAAUUUUUUUAAGGGCGAGCGAACAAUUCAAAUUCACGAGCCUCAUGGGCAGCAUGGGCGGAAGCUCCCCUUCACUAUGGCUCGAUCUAUUGGUAGGCGCCUCACUUCAAACUUUGGACUAAAUUAUGAAUCGUUUAUGGUGGGAGGAUAA